AUGGUGUCGGCCUUGCAAGUUCGCGAUGGACUUAGGCAUGGUCGCACAACGUACCUUGCGGCUUUGAUUGAGACCAAACCAGACGUAUUUUAUGAAGUACCAGAUAUUUUUGGUAAAGUGCUUGAUGAAUUCAAGGAUACGAUGCCCCCUGAGUUGCCUAAGGAUUUGCCUCCGCGUAGACCCUGUGACCAUCGGAUUGAAUUGGAACCAGGUUCUCAGCCCCCUGCUCAACCUCCUUAUCGGAUGCCACCAGCCGAGCUGGCCGAAUUGAGGAAGCAAUUGGAUGAGCUGCUUGGGCUGGUAAACUACUACCGAAGAUUCAUUAAAGGGUAUUCCAAGGUAGUCAGCCCGUUGACGGAUUUACUGAAGAAGGACAGGUGUUGGGAGUGGGACAAAGCUCAACAAGUUGCCUUUGAUUUGCUGAAGCAAGUUGUGACCCAAGAGCCGAUACUGAAGUUGGCAAAGUUCGACCAGCCAUUCGAUGUACAAGUCGAUGCUUCAGAUCGUGCUAUUGGUGGGGUGUUGGUCCAAGACAAACAUCCUAUUGCUUUUGAGAGUCGGAAAUUGAAGGAUGCUGAGACCCGAUACAGUACCCAUGAGAAGGAAAUGACGGCGGUAAUUCAUUGCUUGGAAAUGUGGCGUCCCUAUCUGUUGGGAACAAGGUUCACAGUUGUUACGUACAAUGUAGCCAAUACUUAUUUUCGAACUCAGAAGAAGUUGUCCCCAAAACAGGCACGGUGGCAAGAAUUCUUGGGGGAGUUUGAUUUCGAUUGGGUCCAUUGGCCGGGGAAACAUAAUGAUGUUGCUGAUGCUCUAAGUCGAAAGGCUGCGGCGUCCUAUGUGUUGGCCUUGUAUGCUGUUGAGUCUGACUUUGUUGAGAAAGUCCGUGGUGAAUCCCUUAAAGAUCCUGUCUAUGUAAAACUCGCCGAGCAAGUGGCAGCCGGUGAAGUGCGCAGGUACUGGCUAGAGGACGGCUUACUCUAUGCCAAAAGUCGAAAGAUGUAUAUUCCAUCGGGAGGAAUGAGGCGCGAGCUUCUGAAAGAUUAUCACGAUUCUCAGUGGGCUGGCCAUCCCGGUGUUGAGCGUAUGUACUCUUUGAUGAUGCGAAAGUUUUAUUGUCCGAAAAUGCUGGAUGACGUUGAGUCCUAUGUCUGGACGUGCCUUGUUUGCCAGCAAGACAAAACCGAAAAGAAGAAAGAGGCAGGCUUGUUGCAACCCUUGCCUAUUCCGGACAAGCCUUUUCAGUCACUAUCUUUGGAUUUCAUUGGCGGGUUUCCAAAGGUGAAAGGUAUGGCCUCGGUGUUGGUCAUUGUGGAUCGAUUUUCAAAGUAUGGGAUAUUUAUUGCUGCUCCAGGUGCAUGUCCGGCAGACCUUGCUGCUGAGUUAGUUUUCAAGCAUGUGGUGAAAUAUUUUGGUAUGCCCGAUGACAUAGUGAGCGAUCGUGACCCGCGCUUCACGGGACGAUUUUGGACGACCAUGUUCAAUUUUAUGGGGAUCGAACUGAAGUUUUCCACGGCCUAUCAUCCUCAAACUGAUGGCCAAACUGAACGGAUGAAUCAGUUGCUUGAAGAAUAUCUCAGGCAUUAUGUGACCGCAAGCCAGGAUAAUUGGGUGGAAUUGUUGGAUAUGGCCCAGUUUUGUUAUAAUUUGCACAAGUCCUCGGCUACCGGUAUGAGCCCUUUUGAGCUGGUUUAUGGACAGCAACCCCAGCUACCGCAUGAUGUAGCGGUACAGCGGACUGGUGGGAAAUGCCCCGCGGCAUAUCGAUAUGCUCGGGCGCAGCACGAACUCUUGGUAGAGGCCCGAGAUAGCCUUGCUAAGGCGCAGCGAAUAAUGAAGAAAUAUGCGGACCGCGGGCGACGGGACGUGCAAUUCACUGUCGGGGAUAUCGUGUUGUUAAAAGUGAGCCCAAAGGUAUGGAAAAGGAUCUCGGCAAAGGCAGUCCAUCAUGGAUUGAUUCCAAAGUACGAGGGUCCCUUUGAAAUCGUGAGAAAAGUUGAGAAUGUGGCCUAUCGGCUUAAGAUGCCUGACCGGUUGAAGGUACAUCCCACAUUUCAUGUAUCUUACUUGAAGAAGUACCAUCCUGAUUUGAUUGAGGCAAGCCGAAAUGUCUCUACUCGAGCUCCUCUUACGAAUGUGGGCAGUUUUAAAACUGCUCAACGGUUACCUGCCCUAACGGUUGGGGAUGUCAACCGCAACUUGCCUGCGGGCCUAUAUAGAGGCCUUGAGCUGCACAAUCGCGGGUAA